AUGCAAAUUUGCUCCGUCUUCAUUUUGAACCCGGCUUCAGCCGCACCCAGUGCCUGUGGUGCGGGUGCCCCGGCGGGUCAGGGCUUCCAGCUGCAUCAGCCCCAGGACAAGGUGUCGGUGGCAGCGGGGCAGACGCUCAGCCUGAUCUGCACCACGUCUGGAGAUGGUCCCGCUGGUCCUGUGGCGUGGCUGAAGGGCUGGGGCAGUGGGAACCAGACCGUCUAUGACCAGACGGGCUCCUUCGCCCGCGUGACGAGGGUAGUGGCUGAGUCCAACACGGACUUCAGCAUCCGCAUCAGGGAUUUUCAGCCCGAGGAUGCUGGCACCUAUUACUGCGUGAAGUUCAACAGAUCGCUGGACGGUGCUGAGGUGUUUCAGCAUGGAAAAGGCACGGAGGUGUCCCUGUACGGGACAACCCUGCUUCUCAGCCUGGUGGCUGCAGCUGUAGUGCUCUGCUUCCUCCUCCUCAGCCUCUUCAUCGCCAUUUGCAUGUACAGGAGGAAGCGCAGAGGCGAGGCGGCGAGCCAGCGCCUGGCUGGGCCAGCGGCCGUGCGCCGCUCCUCGCCCAUCCCUCUGCCGUGCUGUGCAGGGACCCCCAGCACCCCCAGGUUUGUACCCACCACGUCUUCCUUCUGCACCCUGAGCAGCGAAGGCCUGGGUCCGGAGACCUCACAUCUGCCCAGCCAGGUACGAGCGAGCUUCUCCUCCGCCUUCAGCGGGGGCAUCACGUGUGGCCACGUGCCGCAGAGCCCGGCUACGAUUCGGGAGGGGAAUUGA